AUGGUAGAACAUGAUCAUUAUCAUCAACCAAAGCCUUUCACCGCCACACCAACCCAACUGAAGCUCUUUGGCAUCAUUGUCUCCAAGAAUGAAGACGCAAAACCUUCCAAGAUACCAUCCCUCUCCUCCUCCACCUCCUCUGACAGCCGUAAGUACGAGUGUCACUACUGCUUCCGGGAAUUCGAAAACUCACAAGCUUUGGGUGGUCAUCAGAACGCCCACAAGAGAGAACGUCAGCACCUGAAACGAAUUCAAUUGCAAGCCAAUCGGAACGCCGUCCGGAAAACUAUGAUCUCGGCCGUGGCUCCUCCACCCCGCCUCCUCCCUCGCGGUGGCCUAGUCAUGCCUCCAUCCACGACAACCACUUCUCCUCCAUGGGCAUACAUCACAUACGCCGCUCCUGACUUCCGCGUUCCCCAUGCAUACGAGUCACGGGCUGCUCAAUCGUCGGCAAUCGGUGGUGUAGGGAUGUCAAGUUUGACAGGUGUUGAGCAUAGUUACGUCGGGCCUCCGUUCACUAGGUCCUCCAAUGGGGAUAGGGGGGCCAACUCUAGUGACAUAGACUUGCAUCUGAGCCUUUAA